AUGGAACCAAUCCACAUCCUCAUCACCGGUGCUGCUGGCCAAAUCGGCUACGCUCUUACAUUCAGAAUCGCCAAGGGUGAUCUCUGCGGCGACCGCAAGGUUGUUCUUCACCUUCUCGAAAUCCCAUUUGGCAUGAAGGCUCUCGAGGGCUGCGUCAUGGAACUUCAGGACUGCGCCUUCCCUAACGUUGCCGGCAUUGUCUGGACAGACAAGGUUGAAGAGGCAUUCAAGGGUGUUGAUGUUGCCUUCCUCGUUGGCUCAUUCCCACGUAAGGAUGGCAUGGACCGCUCUGACCUCCUCGCCAAGAACGGUGGCAUCUUCACAGUUCAGGGCAAGGCUCUCAACGACUACGCUAAGCCAACAGUCAAGGUUCUUGUUGUCGGCAACCCAGCCAACACAAACUGCCUUAUCGCUCAGGCUUCAGCUCCAAAGCUCCAGAAUAAGAACUGGUGCGCUAUGACACGUCUUGACCACAACAGAAUGGUUGGCGCUCUCGCUGCCAAGUUCGGUGUUACACCAGAAAAGAUCCACAAGGUCUGCAUUUGGGGUAACCACUCUAACACACAGGUCCCAGAUACAACACACGCUACAGUCGAUCUCCCAGAAGGCACAGUCAAGGUUGCUGACAAGCUUCCAAAGGAGUACCUCGAGGGCGAGUUCGCUCAGAUGAUCGCUACACGUGGUGGCGCCGUCAUCAAGAUGCGUGGUGCCUCCUCCGCUGCUUCUGCUGCUAACGCUGCUCUCACAUGCGUUAAGGACUGGCUCUACGGCACAGCUGAAGGCGAUUUCGUCUCCAUGGCUAUCCCAGUUCCAGACAACAAACCAUACGGCAUCAAGCAAGGCACAAUCUUCUCCUUCCCAGUUACAGUUUCUAAGGAUGGUGAAGUUCACGUUGUCGAGGGCCUCGAACUCAAUGACUGGGUUAAGGGCAGGCUCGAAGCCACAGAGAAGGAACUCAUCGGCGAGAAGGAAACAGCCUGGAAGGUUCUCGGCCUCUAA